AUGCGCCUAGGCCUCUGGAAUGACAGCAGCAAGGCUGCUGGAGAGGUAGGGGGUGAACCACAGAGCGAAGCCUCGAGGAUUCGAGCUGCCACUCCCUCGACAUCCCUACAUACUGCAUCCUUGCUCACGAGGGAGUCUACGAGGCGUGCUAAAGUAGCUCCGGAAGGCCUCACAGGGGGAUCGCCUGCGACUGGCAGCGAGGCAAGCUGCUUCAACGGUGGCUCCCAGUGCUGCCGCUACCUGCGGCAUUUGCAGCAUGCAAUUUUUUGUCAAAGUGGUGGGAGCGCCGCUACACGAGGUGUACAAGGCUUCUGCAUGCAGUUCGCAUAUUGCUGGAUUGCUCUCUGCUCAGGCGUCAUCAAGCCCGGCAGCGUAGUUGCCCUUAUGGGCCCCUCAGGCAGCGGCAAAACCACCUUGCUGGACUGCCUUAGCGGAAAAAAGGCGAAGCACGAUGGCGAUGUCUUCCUUAAUGGCGUCCCCCGAGUAUACAGAGACCUCAAGCGCGUCGCAAUCUAUGUGCCGCAGGACGCGAUAUAUACGGGGCAAGAGACCGUUCAGGAGGUUCUCGAGUUUUCUGCAGCUCUAAAGACGAAUUAUACGAAGGAAGAGAGGCACCAGCUUGUGGAUGGUGCGAUUGAGUUCCUUGGCCUUUCCAAGGUUGCACAUAAGCGCGUAGGCAACAUACGCGUUCGCGGAAUCUCGGGGGGACAAAAGAAACGGCUCAUGGCUGGCCAAGCACUCGUGUCGCUAGCGCAGCUAUGUUUUUGUGACGAGCCAACUUCUGGCCUGAGCUCGACAGACGCCUCUUCACUGGUCCUUGGCUUGCGCCGCGUCGCUUCUCAGUGUGGUGUCACCUUCAUUGUUUCCAUUCAUCAGCCUCGCUCGGAGGUCUUCGAGUGCUUCGACUCUGUUAUUCUGCUUGCUGCCGGCCGCUGCAUCUAUAACGGACCCAGGGAGUACAUGGAAGCCUAUUUCACGAGACUAGAACAUCCCUUGCCGCUGUACUUGAAUCCUGCGGAAUUUUACUUGGAACUGGUGACCGUCGGCUAUGAGGCUUUUUUUUGUGGGUAUUCGCCAAAAGCUGCUUUUGCAGGAGAGGGGCUGUGCGUCAAUAGUGCGUCUGUUGAUGUUGCAGAACCCCCACAUUCGCAGAAGGCGCAGUGGUGGACUGGCAAGUCGAAAGAGGAAGGAGAGGCAAAGGAUCGAAUAGGGGCUAAGGGAGGCUGUGAGAGAGAGACACAGGCUUUCACGCCUCCGGGCCCAACCAAGGUGACAGAGGGCUGCUCAAAAGAGACGCUGAACGAGUCUGCGAAGGAUGUUGGAAGCACAGAAGCCGAGGAAGAAGGACCUGGCUCUGCUUUAAAUAUGCUCUUAAGAGAUGGAGGCUCACGGAGCUUCCUGGCUGAAACAGUAUUGGGUGUUGCAGCAGCGCUCAAUUCGCCGCACGGUGCGGGACCGCCGCUCCCUGUGUCUGACAGCGCUGUCUUUUACCAGCUCUCUGCGCACGUCCUGAUGUGCAUUGCGCUGAGCAUCAUUCCCUUCGUGAACACGGUUAUUUAUUUGGAGAGAAAACUGCAGCUCUUGUACGAGACUUCAGACGGAUACUACUCCCCAGGCCCCUACCUCCUUGCUGAGAUUUGUACAAGUUUUCUGUUGAUUCUGGUGACUCUGGUACCCUCUCUCCUCAUCAUCUUUGGCCUUUGCGGCUUUCCCUUCGGCAGAUUGCCCAUGGUCUUGCUCCUAUACUUCAUUUUCGAAGCUGUAAGCACACAGUCGCACCGAGUUUUCCGAUUGCUUUCCUUUGCUGCGGUUGAUGGCGAGGCAGCUAUUCGUGUGGCUGAUGAAGAUCUGGCUGCUGUUGGGAUUUUCGUGGAUUCCAUAAUGCAGCUCUGUUCUGCCCUUCUUUCUACUUUUAUGGGGGUCAACGCUGUGGGAGGCGGUUGGCUCUUCCUCACCUCGCUCCUAAACGGACUCAAUGCAAACCCAAAGUCGGUACCUACUGCUCUGCGUUUCCUCAUUUUCCUUUCUCCUUACUUUUAUCUUUUUGAGGGUUUGGCCAUUGUCCUUUACAACGACGACCAAGACAUCUUCAAUGAUCCGGAGCGGAGAGCGAUUUUUGGCUAUCCAACAAUCGAAGAAAUGUACAAAGCCUUCGGACUAGCUGGAACAUUUGCUGAUUCAUCACUAACUCCGAAGCAGUGGCUGUGGCUAGCCGACAUACUGCCGCUGGCGGGCUCUACAGUGGCUGCGCACGGCGCCUGCAUCCUCUACUGGAUGAAUAAGAGACUUGCUAAGUAA